AGCAACUCUGACUGUUUUGUGGGCGCUUUUGCUGGACUUCAGAAGUAUUGGGAAUUAGCUCCAGCUCCUGCUUGCCAGGCUCCUGGAGCUGCAGGAUGACUCUCUUCGAUGGCGUCUACCCCUUCUACCCACAGCAGAGGAAGGCUGCUGUGUUUGACAUCAGCACCAUCAUAGUCAUCGUGGUCUUCCUGACGCUGGCUUGCAGCUUCCUGCUCAUCACCCCGGGCAUCCGCGGGCGGGCGAGGUUGUACUGGACUCUCCGCGUUCUCCUCAGCCUCUUCGUGGGAAUGGUGAUUGUCGUGGUCCAGUUCACAGGGGACUGGGAGACUGGCUGGGUGCAGGCAAACACCUCCUACAAGUCCUUCAGCCCUGUCCAGGUGAACGUGGACGUUGGGCUGCACAUCGGCCUGGCAGGGGUGAACGUCACGCUCAGGGGAAACCCGGUGACCCAGAUCAACGAGACCAUCAACUACAACGAGCACUUUCCCUGGAGCUUUGGGGCGGAUUAUGAGCACAGCUACAGCCAGGGGCUGCAGAAGGGGCUGCCCAGCCCCAUCCUGUACGUGGCAGAGAAGUUCAGCAGGCAGAGCCCGUGCGCCGUGCACAGGCAGUACCGCAUCGCCGGCCACUACGCCUCAGCCACGCUCUGGGUAGCCUUUUGCACGUGGAUCAUUUCCAACAUUCUGCUCUCCAUGCCUGUCCUGGUUUAUGGAGGAUACAUGUUCCUGCUCACAGGCGCCUUCGUCAUCUUCUCGCUGCUCUCCUUCUCCACCGUGAGGAACUCCCCCAUGUGCCCGAUCCAGAUUGGCACCAGGACCCUGCAUGUGGCCUAUGGGGCAUCCUUCUGGCUCGUGCUGGCCAUUGGCCUGCUCUGCUUUGUGGUUGGAAUCACCAUCGUGGCAAUGCACCACCUCAACUUGGAUCUGCUGAAAACUUUCUUUGAUCUCCGUGAGGACAAAGCAGAGGAGAACAAGGAAAUGCCUGGGGUGUUCAUCAACCCUUAUUUCGUGGACAAGGGCCUGUCUCCUCAGCCCCCUGCAAUCAACAGCAUCUAGAAGAGAGUCCUCACUCUAUCCCUGAAGAUGGACCCAAAAGGGCAGAACAAAUUCCUCUUGAUGUCCCCAGAGAUGCAUUUCCCCAUCCAGCUGCCUUUGAAGCCCACACUGGGACAGGUCCUUGCUGGGAAGUACUUUCACAGACUGCGUCCCCCUGACAGUGCCCUGUGGAAGGGGCAGGCUGUGCUGGCAGGCUCCCAUCACAGCAGCUCCCAGCUCCAGAGACCUGAGCUGCACUCACCUGGGUCGUUUUCAGUGGAUUUUUUGUCAUUUUCUGACAAUUUUGGGUCAUUUUCAGUGGAUUUCUUGUCAUUUUCUGACAAUUUUAGCUCAUUUUGGGUGCAUUUUUGGUGGGAUCCCUGUCCCAGUAGGAAUGCCCCUCCUGCUCCAUGCCCUGGCCCCUGGUGCAGUGCAGGGAUUCUCUAAUGGUCUGUUCCUGCUGAAACUGAGAAACAGCUCAUGGGUAACAUUUCUCCCUGCCACUCCAAAAGCCUGGGAUUAAACCUGCUCGUUUCUUUCCCAACCAUGACAUUUUGUGGUUUAGGAGUACCCAGGAAAGCCAGGCAUGGAUCCAACUUCUGGAGGCUCGAUGCUGCAGGAGCUGGAAUAAAAAAACCUGCUCCACACUGAGUAAAUAUCCCAUGGAGUUUGCUGGGGGAGGAUGUGGUGAUGUGGUACUUUUCACCUUCAAAUUUGACCUUUAUUAGACAAAUCUUGUAGCCUAGUGUGAGCCAAAAAGAUGCCAUGGGAAAGGGAGUGAAGAAUGAAGUUAUCCCUGUCCAGCUGGAGCACACUCUGGCUGGGCAGCAGGGGAGGGAGGGAGGGAGGGUAAAUCUGUCCCUCUGCCUCACCCAGGUGAG